AUGCGCCGCGCGGAGGCGAUUAAGCACAACAACCGCGUGAACGUGUACGUGCGCGUGCGCGCGUUCCGCGAAGACGAGACGAGCGGGGACAUGGGUCAGCUGGCGGUGAACAUGGACGACAGCGCUGUGGAGGUGACGGUGCCGAAGAAGGGCCGCUUCACGUUUGGGUUCGACGGCUGCUUCUGGAGCAACGACCGUGCAUGCCCGUCUGGGAAGGCGUCGGCGUCGCAGGAGGACGUGUUCGACGAGGUCGGGCGGCCGCUUGUGGAGAACGCGCUGGCGGGGUACAACGCUGCUGUGAUGGCGUACGGGCAGACGGGGAGCGGGAAGACGUACACGUCGUUCGGGCCGCCGGGGUCGAUCGGGACGUCGCAGGAGGGCCUGAUUCCGCGCGUAUGCAACAUGAUCUUCUCGCGCGCGGCAAACAGCGCGCAGAAGGGCGUGACGUACACGGUGUCUGUGUCGAUGCUGGAGGUGUACCUGGAGGACGUGUUUGACCUGCUGAACCACCGCAAGCAGCUGAGUGUGCGGAACGACUUCACGAGCAACACGUUCAGCGUUGUUGGGCAGAAGACGGUGCCCGUGAACAGCUACAUGGACGUGCUUGCGGUGCUGAACAAGGCCGAGCCGCUGCGGACGUUCGCGGCGACGAGCAUCCACGACCACUCAUCGCGCGCGCACACGCUAUUCAUGCUGGAGGUGCAGACGCACUUCGACGCGCCGGAUCUUGCACCGCGGUGCGCGAAGAUCCUGCUUGCGGAUCUCGCAGGGAGCGAGCGGAUCCGGCUUGCGGGAACGGAGGAGGGGCUUGCGUUCGAGCAGGCGCGCAACAUCAACCUGUCGCUGCUGGCGCUGGGGUCGUGCAUCGAGGCGGUUGCGACGCGUGGGCGGGGCAACUCGCGGCCGAUCCCGGAGUUUCGCAACAGCACGCUGACGAAGCUGCUGAAGGACUACAUUGGCGGGAACAGCAUCUCGACGAUGAUGGUGACGAUCUCGCCGAGCGAGCGCGACGCGAACCUGUCUGUGCAGACGCUGCGGUUUGCUGACCGCGCGAAGCAGAUCACGACGCACGCGCACGUGAACACGGUGGACCCGCAGCAGGCGAAGCAGGACGGGAGCGAGCUGGGCGACCGGUGGCGCGACGAGUACCUGCGGAAGAAGGAGGCGCUGUACGCGGAGUACCAACUGAAGGGGACCAUCGAGAAGCUGCUUGCGCGGAUCGCGGAACUGGAGGCGAGGCUGCGUGAGUGCGCGGACGACGAGCUUGCGCUGCACCUGACGACGGAGAUCGAGGAGCUGCAGAAGGCGCUGACGGAGGCGGACUACCAGAUGGGGCUGCAGCGGCAGAUCCUGUACGGCGAGUUCCUGAUGCUGGAGGACGAGCUGCGCGAGCUGAAUACGAAGAUGCAGGAGAUGAAGGAGGAGCACGAGGAGGCGAUGGAGGGGCUUCUUGGCGAGGAGGCCGGGCGGUUCGAGGAGAUGAAGCGCGGGUACGAGGCGCGGCUGCGCGCGCUCCAGAGCGAGAGCGACGCUGCGCUUGCUGCGUCCACGGACGAGAUCGCUGCGCUGCGGCGCCUGGUGGCGGAGCUGCAGGAGCGCCUCGCGGCGAAGGAGACGGAGUGCGCAGACCUUGCGGACCGGCUGAGUGCGCUACAGGCGAAGUACGACGCUGACACUUGCGCCGGCGAGCGCGCGCGCAUUGAACUGGAAGCGCAGCUGGAGGAGUCGGAUAAGCAACUGGGCGAGCUGACGGAGCGCCAGGCCCGGCUGAACGCGGCAAUGGAGAGCACCGCGGAGACGCUGCAGGAGACAUCCGCGAAGCUCGCUGACACCGAGGAGACGCUGCAGGAGACGUCCGCGAAGCUCGCUGACACCGAGGAGACGCUGCAGGAGACGUCCGCGAAGCUCGCCGACACCGAGGAGACGCUGCAGGAGACGUCCGCGAAGCUCGCUGACACCGAGGAGACGCUUUCAGCGGAGAUCGCGUCGUUGGCGGAGCAGCUUGGUGUGGCGCACACUUUAUGUGAGCAGCAGGGCGCGUACAUGAACCAGCUGCUGACGUACGUGAGCGCAGCAUACAACGUGACUCUGGAUGGGAUGACGGAGGUGCAGGCGACAGCUGUGGCUGAUAUCCUGAGGCAGUGCGACUAUGCACUUCGCUCUGUGGCGCAGGCUGCCAGUGACGAGGUGGAGCACGUAAAGGAGAUGUACAAUAUGGUCGACGGCAACUACAAGGAGACGGCAGCGCGCUUGGAUAUACUGCGCCGCAUUCUGGGAAAGAUCGAUCAGGAUGUCAAGGAGGCGAGCGUGGAGAUCGACGCACCGGAGCGGCGGCAGACCUGCUCUUUACACCCGACGCCGCGGCGCUUGGGCGACGUCUCGAACCGCGAGAACAGCAUGGAACGGAAGGCAUCCAUGUGUUAG